AUGUACAGUUUUGUUCACUUACUUAUUCAAAAUGAAGAGAAACGUCGGGCAAAACAGUAUCGAUGGUCAUUAGCCAUCGGUUUAUUAGCAAUAAUCUGUAUUGGAUCUUCCUUUGUAUUAUACGCUUCCAGUUACCUCAAUCGCCCAUUAUCUUAUGAUACCAUCAGAGGCGCUCCUAUUACUAGAGACGACAUUUCUUUGUUACCGUCGUUUGGAUUUCGCGUCGAAUGGUUACCUGUAGGUGCAGUGUUUGUAUACCUCUCUGGUCUCCAUUGGCUGUCUUUGGGUAAACAUAUUCACUGGUACUUUCUACCCUUAGCACUGCUUGCCUUUUUUCAGCUUUUAAGAUCCUCGUGGGUUCUGAUGGAUCGAGAGGAGUAUGUAAAGGACCAGCUGAGUGAUACUUGGGAACGUGCAUUUUCCCAAGAGAGCAACAGUAGCUCGGUUCUCUAUCUUCUUCAGAAACAGUGGAAGUGCCAGGGUUAUCGAACACCUGAAGAUCGACCUGCACCAGGAACAGAGUUUACACAGCCAUGUUUCUCAUAUCUUGUGGCUUCAUUUGGAGCAGAUAUUUAUUCUUGGGGAAUGAAACUUUGGUCAAUUAAUGUGGUCCAAGUAACAGGACUAUUGAUAUGCUAUUCAUUCUACUUUAAACUUGAACGCACCGGUACGCCGGUCCGAGAUUUGGAAGCACCAGAGGUACAAGAGAAGUCAAUCAAAUAUGAAGUCCAAGGUGUACCCCAUGGCUAUUCUGUAAUCCCACCUGAGAGCAGCACACCACACCCAAAUUUACCACCGCUAUAAUACUAUAUUUGAUAUAUAGUAAUUGCCCCUAAUCCCUUCUUUCCUUUUCCUUUUUUGUUCUUUUUCUCUUCAUUCCAAAAUGCACAUAACACACCCACUCACACAAAAUGUAAUCUAUAUAGUCACACAAUACCUAUUUUCUCUUCUUCUACUUUUCUUUUGAUUUGUAUUCUUCAAAAUAAAAUAAUAUACAUACACAUAUACAUAUAUAAUAAAU